CCGGCCCCAUCCCCGAGCUGUCCCCGCCGGCCGCCGCCGCCGCUCCAUCCCUGCCUGGCUGCGGGAAGCGCCGCCCGGAGCCCGGGCUGGCUGGCUCGAAGGGUGGCAGGUUUCUAGACCCAGCUACGGCGUAUAUAACAUAUAUGAUCACAUAUAGAGAGAGAUAGAUGUAUAUAAAAGGGUACUUAGGCUGACCUCAUAAUGAGAAACGAGCCAAUUCCUGCUUGCAAAGGGAAUGUUUUCUGUGCAGGCACGCGGUGCUCCUGUGCUGACUGUGAACUCUCAGUCAGACCCCGGCGGGGCGCGAAGGUGCCCGACCUCCCCAAAAGAAGAGACUGGCCCGGUGGUCCCUGGCCUAUGCACCAAGCUGCUCACCUGCAAGAACAGACCAUGCUCAGGCCCUGCCGGGUCUCCCGUGGCAGCAUAUUAGAUCCCAAGGAGGAAUGCUUUACAGAGAAAUCAGUGCUUGCCCAGCCAACAUUUGUUUUUGAAAAGAAAGACCACUCUUUGAAGCGGCCUGCAGAAGACCCAGUUUGCAAAGCUGAAAAUGAUUUCAUGAGUUGCUCUAGAAAACGUGCAAGAUCAUCAUCUUUGACUUUGCAGAAGUCUGACUCUCAGUCUAACACUGAUACAGCUCUCACUCAGAAAAGAGGGAGAUCAUCUUCAUUUAACAUCCUUCCUACUUUCCCUCCCUCCCAGACAGUAAAGAAGAAUAACAUAUUCAUGACCUCAGCUCUUCUUCAAAGAAAUCCUGACUUCACCAAAAGUACAAGAGAAGGAUCCUUGUCACCAAGUCAAUUGUGGAAUGUCAUUAGACCUGCCACUUUACAGCCCCCACAAGCCCUGACCUGUCCUGAAAUUCCUGUAGUAUCUCUAGUGACUAAGAAAGAAGCAUGUGUUCAGCUAUCUGAAGACAGCUCUUAUUCAUCAGCUGAGAAUGCAGUAAAUUCCAAAACAGCAGUGGGGUCAUCUACUACUGUGAGUUUUUCCAGCUCUCAAAAAACGCAAAGUCAGUUGCUCAAAGAAAGAAGUGUACAAAACAGCAGCAAUUCUGAUUUUGUGUUUGGGGAAAACAUGGUUGAAAGAGUUUUGGUUGGAUCUGCACAUGCUGGUAGACUUUUUAUCAAGAGUCCUGAGAAGCAUCCCAAGCUGUGUAAUGAAGCUGAUUUACACAAAGGAGAAAUAACAUCCAUGUCCUUAGGAUCUUCUCAUGUUGGGCCACAAACAAAAAGAGCUUUGUUGAGGAAUGCAACACUAAUUGAAUCAGCAGCUGCUUGUAUUUCCAAGCCAGUGGAGAAAAUCCUGUUAGAUAAAGUUGAAGUUAUAACUGGAGAAGAGGCAGAACACAAUGUAUUGCAGAUUAACUGCAAGCUCUUCGUAUUUAAUAAGCUUUCUUUAACCUGGACUGAAAGAGGCAGAGGAUCCCUGAGGCUUAAUGACACUUCUAGCAAUAAGCAUGGAUUGUUGCGGUCAAGGCUAAUUAUGCGAAAUCAAGGUAGCUUGAGGCUGAUUCUCAACACCCGACUCUGGGAACAAAUGGUUAUAAAGAGAGCAAACAGAAAGAGUCUGUGCUUCACUGCGACAGAUCAAGAGGACCACUCUGUUCAAGUGUUUUUAACUCAGGCAAGCUCAAAAGACACUGAACACCUGUUUGCAGCAAUACAUCAUCGCCUUGUGGCCUUGCGAAGCUUUGCUGAGCAAGAGCCAGAUGCUCAUCAAGUAGACACAGAGUCAGAAACAGCUUUUCAGCCAUUAAACUGUGAUAGUGAUGAUGAAGAUGAUGAAGAACUAACUCAAGUGAGCAGCACUGGAUCUGAUGAGUCAGAGUCACAGAGAUUACGCGCCAAAACCACUUUGUCAUAACCAAUGAGCUGUCUGAAGAUCAUUCUAGAUGGAACCGCAGGCAGUCUGUUGUCUGCUCAUGAUAUCUGCCAGAGGUUACACCAGCUCAGUUGGGAACUCAUCUUCUCAAAAUGUCUAAAUUGACUCAUCAGCCCCUGGGAGGAGGAAAACAGAUGCAUGUUACUUUAUGACUUUUAAGUAGAGAUUAAUUUUAGAGACAGUUUAAGUUUAACACAUUGAGAAAGAACUUCAGAUGCACUAUUGAGGAUUUCAGGCAGCCUGCUUUGCACUGAGCUGUGAAUAAUACCAUGGCUUCCAACAGUCAAGAACUGUUACAAAGACUUCCAAUUUUAGAAUUAAAUAUAUUUAGACACAUUAUUAGAGUAAGGAAUUUUAUAGGGAAUAAGUACUUAUUCAUCAUAUUGAUGCAUAAUACCACAUAAGCAUGAACUAAUAAUAUAUGUGAACAGAUAUUUGUUACUUUUAAUCUGUUAUUUAAAAGAUACAUUUGGAAAGCUUUAAAUUGGGCUUCACUGAAAACAUUUAUUUAAAAUUGUGUGGUAAAGUUCAGCAUCCUGUUUGUAAGAACAUACAAGCAAAACCUGGGCUGGCAGUUUAGCCUGACCAAGGCCUAGAGAAACCAGCCUUCCUACAAGACAUUUUAUUUAAUGUUUGUUUUGAAAAUAUCUGGAGUCGUAUACUGGCUGUAGAAUUUUGUUUAAGGGAAAAGAACCAUGAUCUACAGUUUUCAGCUGUACGCACCAAAAGAAUUCACCAUGAAGAAGUACAAGGCAGUUCUAAGGGGCAUAUGAGCUUUAAAAUAAAAAAGUAUAUCUUCUUGCUCAUGAACACCUUUCUAGCUGCAAAACAAGCACCUGCACUAUUAAUUGUCCAUUUGAUAUACACAAAUAAAUGCAUGCACAGUACAAUAGGAUAGCUGCAUUAAAAAAAUCUCUUAAAUGUGUGAGAUUAUUUGAGAUUACUUCCGCCUUAGCUGUCGCUAUUCCUAAGAGCAUCAUUCAUUGAUAUAUAUAAGUAUGUUACACAUCCUCAUGCGCACAAUAAUCCCAACAGUGGCCAAGACACAGUUGGUCUGUAAAAGUCAUUCCACAAAUUACUGCCUUCUACCUAAACAUUUUUGUGAGAAAAAAACCUCAAUUCUCUCUAACACCACCUGUGAAUCAAGAUUCGCAGGGUCAUUCAUAUGCCCAUGCACAGUAAAACCCACCACGUAUGUUCCGUGUUUUCAUCCUAUCAAAAGACAGAGAGAGUAUGUCUGCAAUCUCUCCACUGCCACUUCCCUGCUGCCUUGUAUAUUGUUUGUCAUCCUCAGAGCUGAAACAAUGUUCUGACAUAUCUCAAGUCCUUUUAAUUAAGGUAAUUGCAACGAUUUCUCAAUCUAAAAAGUUGCAUCACACCUGAACAGUCAAGUUAAAUUCAGUUUCCCCAUCUGAACAUGUGUAUGAAGUUGGAACAAUACUAGCUUCUUCCUGCAUUCUCAGUGCACUGCCAAGAUUAGCAUCCAGCUGAAGCUGAACUAGUUACCUGGAUUAUGCUGAAUCCUAAAUGGCCCGCCAAAAUUAGCACUUGUCUGACACUGAUUUGGCAUCUGGAUGACAGUAAGUUUAAAUGGAACUUGAUUUUUGCCUUCAGAAAAAAAGGAGUGCUUCCCAACAGAGCACCUGUGUCAAACAGUGAAGCACUGGGGUUCUCUUUGACUCCAGUCUGCCAAUAACAAAAAUAUUCUUUCCAUAACGAGCUGUACAUUGUGUCCUUUGUUAUCAGCCACACUCAUGACCACAACAAUAUUUACAUCACUGACCUUCAUAUUUCAUUGCUGCAACUCAUCGUCAGGGACAAAGCUCCAUGUUAUAAAAACUCAGGCAGUUGUAAAACACAGCAGCCCUAUGUAUUUAGCAACAGGUCAUGGUGGUAAGUUUGCCCUGGAGUUCAGCUGGCUAUGGACUGAAUGCAGAGUUUGAUUUCAAAGUCUGUCCUGAUAAUCAGAGCUUUCUGUGAAACAGGAUUGAAGCACCUGAGUGUCAUGAUACCCCUCUAAAUGCUGCUACAGCUGUAAAAUCCUUGGCAAAUGAGAGAGGGUUCCAGGGCAGGGACAACAGAACUUUUUCCAGACACAGGACUCACACUUUGUAAUUUGCUCCCACAGCAUACAGAACAAGGUUUAUAAAUAAAUGCUCUUUUGAUCUGCCUCUUCCCAAGAUCGUUAAAUAUAUACACAAGUAUACAUAUAAACACAUGCACUCAUGUACACACACACUCAAACAUGAAGCUUUAUCUCCUAAAAGCUGAGGAGGAAAAGAGAUGUUUAUUUUAAAGAGAUCGGAUGCUUUGGUAAUAGAGGACAAAUUUUUGCUCUUAAGAACCUAAUUAUGUGUUCUCUUUAGUCUCACUGCAUUAAAAUUCACUCUUCUCAAGACUGAAAAGUACACCAUUACGUAAUAUAUUAACUUGGUUUUAAAAAUGUAAAGUUUGUCAUUUUAUGACACCUGGAGAGCAAUUUCUAUGCCUCAACAAUAAACAAUUUUCUUACCACUUAAA